AUGGAAUUCUACAACACAUACCAGAUCCAGCAGCUAGCGCCGCUCUUAACGCUAUCUCUUCAUGACCUGAACGCAGCUACACACUUGAAAUCCCAUUUGCAAAAGUCAAACAUCUCCAAUUGCGUCUGGGACAACAGUAUCCUUAAGAACCGGCUACUGAGUGCCAAGUACCUUCUCCAGUUUGGCGACGAGGAGUCGAGUAAGGCGAGGAUCGAGAAGAAACCGAAGGUGGAGGGCCUUCACUCGGCGCUUUCACCGUUCAACACAGAAUCUGACCUUUUUCCUAAUGGUAUUCUCUCUGAAAAAUGGUUCCUCAAGUAUACAAGAGACGUGCCGUUUGCUUUCGUGCAAACACACCUUUUGGGAGAUGAUCCUUCGGAGGAUGAGGCUUUGGGAAACGAAUUGGCUGGGAAACGCCAGAGUUUUGCCGACUUGGGCGUGAAAUAUGUUGCUAUUUUGCUCUCUGACGGUGAUCCUAUUGCUGACCAGGAUAGAGUCGAUAAGCUACGCUUGGUCUCGGGUCUUCCUAGACUUACGGGGAUUUUUUAUUUGAAUUCAGAUAGGGAUACGUUGGAGAGGGAUUGUGGGAUCCUUGCAUCGAGCCUUUUCAGUAACUUGAAGGCUCCAGCUGCUGACUUCUACUCGGGAGUCGAAGCACGUAUCAAGCAGCGGUACAAGAAGUACUAUACUAUGCCUUCGUUUGAUGCUGUGGAUACGAAAAUCAACCUUACGCCGAAGUUCUUGGAAGUCAGGAAUAUGGUCAAACAGGCUAUGAUUCUCCAGUUUAUUCAUCCACAUAACGUUGAGUCGUGUUUUACCAUGUUAGAGUCGUCUUAUGAAAGACUCAUUGCAUUGACUGCGGAGCACGCUGAUGUGUUCUUCUCGGAAGCCGUUUCUGAACACGAUACCAGAAUCUAUGCCCAAUUUAGACAACUUCUAGAUGUCAUCGCUGUUCACCUCAUCAGAGGGUACCUUUCAACUGAAGAGCCAACCGCUGCCUUGCGCAAACAUGAAGCCCACAUUGCCAAUGUCCUUGACCUUUCCAAAGAUCAACUGAAAUCAGAUAACUCGGCAUGGAUGUCUGUUCAAUACCAAUGGCUUGCAGAAUUGAUGCAAAUGGUGCCUCCCUCAGUUCUCAGUGAUCUAAACCUAGACCACCAGCUGAAACAAAAGUCGUAUCAGAACAGCAUGGCAUACUUUGGCGGCUCUACGUUUCACGAUACAUUCAACUCAAGAAUCAUCACUCAAUCGUUCUUGAUCUACCUCAAGGGAUUCACCAUGCUUGAUAGUGUCCAUGAAGGUGAAAUAACAUUAUCUUACUUGAAGAAACUCGACAGCACGGAUGCUCUACAGAGCCAAAGGUUGCAGCUACUUGAUAAGGCCAAGGAAGCCCUUGAAGUAAGGGCAAAGGAUAACACCCUCCAUAUUCUGGUAAGUGGUCUCCGACUUUACUUGGACUGGCUCACAGCCGAGGAGUACUACCUGAAUGGCAAGUAUAGCGAAGCUGAAGAACUCUACCUUCUGAUCAUCAAGCAAGAGUCUUCAAAGAGCUGGAGUGGUAUUAGGCAAUUGCUUUCACAGCGCUUGUUACUUAUAUAUAAGGAGCUUGGCAACCAAGACAGACUUCUCAAGACGUUAGUGGAAGUUGCAUCCCAGAAGAAGCUGCUCUCUGCACCUGCGAUUGCAAAAGUGUCGUUGGAUAAUUCAGUUGACCUCUCUUUUGAUGGUGAAGGAAAGUUCUUUGAUGUUGACGUGAAUCUAUUCAAUAAGAACUUAAAGAAGGAGUUCUUUGCAUUUGAUACUAUCGUCUCGCAGCUCAACUUGAAGUCGUCUUUUGAUCUUAGUCGGUUGGAGCGUCUCAUUUCGAACAGCGAAGCUCUGCUUACCAUCAACAAGAUUGAAGUUAACUACGAAGGGCGCUCAAUUGUUAUUCAGCAUAGCGACAGUGGUGCGGACCUAGACCAGAUUCAAUUAGACGGUCUGGCUGAAUACAAAGCAGACUUUUCAUCUGUUAAAAAGGGUCGAACCGUCCAGAUCCUUGAAGAAGUGACUAAACCGGGGAAGUACAAGAUGGAAUCUAUUGAGAUUUACUCCACGCUCCAAAUCAAGGCAGACGGGAAAACUGUUACUUUUGGCAAGUCCGAGCUCCAUAACUUUCUCAAUGUUAAAAAAUUGGCACAGUCUUUCACUGCUUUGGCAAAAGACUCUGAUGGUUCGGUUAAGCUGCAUGUCAUACGUACACAAGGCCUGUCAACUGUUGAGUGCACCGUUCAACCUUACAAACCCGAAGUCAGUGUCGAGUUGCCGCUGUCUCUCAAUUCAAUCAUCAUGGGAGAGAAGAUAGAGCUUCCGCUUGACAUUAUCUACAGCAAGGCUCCUCAUCUGAAAGCCACAUUCUCAUCCUUGAGCGUCCAGGUUAGAAGCCGGUUACUUGAAGGUGAACAGGAACAAGACUACCUAAUUCCCCAGACAAACUGGAAAGACUUGAAGGAUGACGAGAAUCUCAACAUUCUCGAACUGUUCGUGGAAGAUUCAGGAAAUCUUAACAGUGCCCUUCAACUAAGCAUACGCAGACCUCCAAGUGUCGAGCCUAAGCUGGACUUCAAGCUCGUAAUUGAAUUACAACUCAUCGUCGGUGAAGCCAACAAGUCCAUGUCUGUUUAUGAUCUUAGGACCAUUGAACUUCCAGUGUUGGCCAAGCCGUUCGGUGCCAAACUUGAUGUGAUUCCACGGUACAGAGAGGAUCCCUCAUUUGACAUGAAGAAUCCAUUUAUCUUGUCGGACAGAAAGAAUGACGCCGAUAAGAACUUCUCCAUGCCUCUGCCCUCUUGGGUUUGGGCGGCAGAAGCUAGGUUCAAGGAUAAGUAUAAUCUUAUUGGGGAAGAUGCUGUCAAGAUUAAACAAUGCCACUUUACUUUACGUUCGAAGAACCCAGAGGUUGAUAUUGAAACUCUUGGAGAAUCCGAACAAACUCCCGAGAAGUCUUCACAGUUGUUUGUCACCAGUCCUCGCCACCGUUUCGCCCAUCAUCUGAUUGGUGUGGUUGUAUCUGCUACUUAUAUCUGGACCAGAGGCGACGAUGGGCCAGAAAAUGAAUUUGAAACAGCCGAAUGGGAGGUAGAUUUGCCAUUGCAGAAUCCAAGAGUACUCUUGUUUUCUGUUGAGAAACAAGAUGGGAAGGCGGUUUUGAAGUACGUCAUUGAGAACCCAACGUCCCGGAUCUUUACCUUUACAACUACAUUGAGCACUGAAGAGAGUGCAUUGCGUGGAGUCGACUGGUAUUUCGACGACAAGAGUAACAUUGUGCCAAUGAAGCAAGGUGCUUUCCCCGUGUUGCCGUUCAGCAGGCACGAGAUGGUCUUCACUGGCAGAUACGAAGUCGACGACAAGGCCAUUGACCUCGUGGAGCUUCCUCGUAUGCAAGUGUACGACCUCAACUACAAAGUCAGCUUAGCCACACUUCCAGUGAUUGAAAAUGUGGUGGCCAAAGAUGAGAGAUUGUACAUGAAAAACUAG